AGUUGAAUUGGGUCAAGAAUUGUAAUAUAAAUAAAAAUACACAAUAAUAUUUUUUUGGGAAAUACAUUGUCAGUUUUUAUCCAAUUGACAUGAAGACAAUUUUACUUUUGUGGAUGUUUUGCGGAUCCGGGUUGUUGUUGUUGCCAGCCUGGGCCGAACAAAAUGCCAAUGCAACAGCAACAGCAACUUCGGCUCCUGCUCCUGCUUCAGCUGCGGCUGCCGCUUCCAGCAAUCCUGCCCCUCGUGCAUCGACAAAUAUUAAUGCCACUACAACUACCACCACUCCAUCACCUCCCAUACAAAUUAUGCAGACGGUGAGCAAGUCUUCGACCUCCACCGAUUUGGCUAAAGAGCUUGAUAAACUCGAAUCGAAGGCCAACAGCACUACCAACGCGGAGGAAAAUAUGCCAAAAGAAAGGAACGUAAAAGUUACGGCAAAUCCCACUGUACGCCCGGAUGUUAAACAUAAAAAUGAGUCACUAAAUGCCUCGUCCCCAUCCUUGUCAACAUCUCCCAGUUCCACAAAUACAACGGCAAACUCUAAAACGCAGAAAGACCAGAUCAUAAGUGCAGAUGGAGUUGCUGCUAGUGUUAUUGGAAACUUUUCAACCCCACAAAAGGACGUAAACGCUACGAGAUCCUCCACUACAAGCACAACCGUACCAACUACCACAACAAAAACAACAACGACCACAACGACACCUCAACCGAAGCCCAAAGUUUCCUAUAGCAUGGCCGUACAUCCAGAAUGGGAUCAAGAUCAGCAUCAGCCGCUGGCGGCAAAUGGUGUUGAUUCAUCUGCUUCAGCUCCAUCUUCUGCCACACCGGAACAAGCAGAUUCUCCAGUGGUAGAGCCAUUACGAGAGUCAAACGAGAAUUUGGCCGAUCGUGGAAAUCAGUAUAUAGUGCCCAUUGUGACAGUUAUGUUGACCGUACCAUUGGCGAUUGGUGUGACCAUCGUUAUGUAUCGUAGAUUCCGCGAAAUGUGGAGCACACGUCAUUACAGACGUAUGGACUUCCUGGUGGAUGGUAUGUACAACGACUGACGGCGCCGGCGACAGUCGUAAAAAUCUGCUCACUCGCCCCCAUCCUUCUCCUCGAUGCAACAAAGACUUUCUUAGCUUUAAGGCAGAGGGUAAUAGAGUUGGCUUACAUACAUACAAUAAUACAUAAAUAUUAUGUAUUAAACAUUAUAUUGUUCAGUCAAUUAAAAAAGAAAAUUGUAAAUUAUUAAAAUUUAGACUUAAUUACGUUUCAGAGUUGCCAAAUUGAAAUUGAAAUUACUGAUUUUGUGAAAUUUAUGUAAUAAGCAUUUUGAUUAUUCUCCAUUCUCGUUAGAUAAUUGUACUAAUAUUUUUGCAUUUGU